AUGACUGGAGACUACCAAUGUGGCUUUAGAUCACAAAGAUCUACUAUAGAUCAAAUUCACACCCUAAAACAAAUUUUAGAAAAAACUAAUAAAUAUAAUAACAAAACUUUUCAUAGUGGAUUAAACCGAAAAGGCACCCUUUGGAAUAGGUCAGUUCAAUUACUGGAAUAUGCCGAUGUCAUAGGAAGGUCAGAGAGAGCAGUAAGAGAGGCCUUUCUGGCUCAUGAAACUUCUGCCACAAAUAUAGGCCUUACCAUCAACGAAGAUAAAACUAAAUUUAUGGAAUCUCCAGCCACAACUGUAAAUCAUGAUCCUUUGUUCAUAAAUGAUUACACCUUUGAAAAGGUUAAUGAAUUCAAAUACCUUGGAACAAUGAUCAAUGACCAAAACAGCAUAAAAACAGAAGUAGACAACCGAAUUAAAAUGGCAAACAAGUGCUUCUUUGGACUAAGCAAGCAAUUAACAUCAUGCCUAAUCAGUCGGAAAAUUAAAAUUUAUAAGACUCUUAUUCUACCUGUAUUGCUUUAUGCAAGUGAAACAUGGACACUAAACGCAGACACUCUGCGUACUCUUGGUGCUUUUGAAAGGAAAAUCCUUAGAAAUAUUUUUGGCCCACCACAGAUAGUGCAGGUCAUCCGAAGCAAUAGAUUAAGAUGGCUUGGCCAUAUCUGGAGAAGUCCUGAAAACAAUGCAGUACGAAUCGCCACCUUUAAAAAUCCUUCUGGAUCUCGGACCAGAGGAAGACCUCCAACUAGAUGGCUGGAUGACAUUACUAAAGAUCUCAAAGUAAUUAAGAUUAACAACUGGAAAAAAGUCGCAAUGGAAAAGAGGCGUUGGACUCUACGCGUGGUUGAGGCAGCCAGGGGCUGUCGUGCUGAAGAAGAUUUGAAUUCAAAACUCCAGGGCAGAAAUCAGCUGAUGUCAAAGUUAAUGGGAAAUGUAAGUGGAUUUCGAAACAAGUUAAAAGUUUUCAGUAUUUCUUUAAAUAAGAAUGAUUUGGCCCAUUUUCCAUGCUGUCGGAAAUUAAGUGAAGUUUAUGAAGAUAAAGAGACUCUUGAUUUUUCUGAGUUUACGUGCAAAAUUCAGUAG